AUGGCCUACAAGACACCUAUUGGGAUCACUUUCUAUAGGCUUGUAUAUGAUAAGGCAUGCCACUUGCUGAUUGAGAUCGAGCACAAGGCAUAUUGGGAUGUCAAGAAAUGCAACAUGAAUUUAGCCCAAAUCGAUGAGCAGAAGUUGUUAGAGCUCCAAGGGCUCAAGGAAUUGAGAUUGGAAGCUUAUGAGAAUUCGAGGAUUUAUAAAGAAAAGAUCAAGUUAUUCCAUGACCGAAUGCUUAUAAGGAAGGACUUCAAAGUUUUUCAGAAAGUCCUCCUUUUCAAUUCUCACCUCCAGUUCAUGCACGGUAAGUUGAAAUCCAAAUGGUUGGGUCCCUUUAAAAUUACUAAUAUUUUUCCUCAUGGUGUAGUCGAAAUUUGGAGUUUUGAUAUUGAGAAGGUGUUCAAGGUGAACGGGCAUUGGUUGAAAGUCUUUAACGAAUGGGAGGUUGACUCAGCUUGCUCGAGCUUGGUCCUGGCUCUUCCCUCGUAUUCGUGA